AUGGCUCGUUCAACAUCAACAACAUUAAAUAAACUAACAGAAUACGAAAACUUACAACAAAUCUUAGAUAAAGUACGUGAUUUAAAACAAUCAUUAGCUAAUUUUUUUACAGAAUAUGAACAUGGUCAACCAUCAUGGCCAACAAUACUUGAUGAAAUGAAUGUUUUAUCAUCUCAAAUAACAACAUUACGUACAUCACUACGUCAAAUAUUACCAAUAUUACGUAUAAAUUCUAUUAUACCAAUGUGUUUAUCACCUGAAAAUGAUCCACAUGUUGAACAAUUAACUGAAAGACGUUUAUCUAUAUUUAAUCAUGAUUAUAUGCCACAAUUAUUACGUACAAAAAAUUUACCUGAAAUUGAAGAACGUGAACGUUUAUUAAAUACAAAUUCUAAUACAAAUAAUAGUAAUACAUUUGGUCGUACAAUAACAACAUCAAAGGAAAUUGAAAUACGUGUACAAGAAUUAAAUUCUUUAUUAAGUAAAAUAAACGAUAUAUUUCGACAUACAAAAGAUAUGACAGAAAAAACUGAAAAACAAUUUGAUAAACAAACAUUUACAAGUCCAUUAGAAACAAAACGUUUAUUAGAUGCAAUGAAUAAUGGUACUGGUCUUAAAGGACCUGAUACAUCAUCAUCACCAAUAACAACAAAUGAACAAGCUAAUUCAAAUCAACAAAUGUCAAUACAACCACAACGUCCAUUAGCACCAUCAGUUAGAAUAAGAACAGUACCAAGACAAAAUCGAUAG